AUGCGCGCAAAGCUGGCCGAGCUCAAGAAGCUCGCCGAGGACCCUGUCAUGGAAGACUCCCUCAAGCCGCAGGUGGAAGCGCUCCAGGAGCGCGUCGACCAAGCUCAGGCGAAGGUGGAGACCAAGGUGCCGCGCUGCUUCACAGAGUGCCGUGUGGUGCGAGACCGCAAGCGGGUCGUGGAGCAGCGGGACAAGUGCAAGGGCCGCGUCGAGGAGCUUGAAGCUGAAGUGGCCAAAACACAGGAGAAGCUGCAGACGGAGCGUUCCAACCUCGAGCGCUACGAGCAGAAGCUGGACACCCUCAAUAAGAGGAUCAGCGAGCUGUCGGUGCCAGCCCCGGGGAAAGGCUGGUCAGCGGCGGUGGCCUUCUUGGAGCAGGCAGCCAAGUGCCUGGCCGAGGGGCCCAAUCAGCAGGAGGACCCGAAGCUCAAGGAGGCCUUGGCGCACGCCCUGCAGCAGCAGUCCGCCGAGAAGGAGCGGAUUGCGCAGGCAGAGGAACGCGACUCGGCCAGCCAGGGCGGCACCAAGAAGCGCCACCUGGACACCGAGUCCAAGAAGGAGGACCUCCUGGAGUUCGAGGCAGGCAGCUCCGAGGAUGCCAUCGCCAAGGUGCUCACCACCGGCGGCGUCACUCCUGAGCAGGCUGCUAAGUAUGCUGGCUCUAUUAAGCUGCUGCUCGACGGCCUGGAGUCGGGACACACGCUCACCAUCAGCAAGAAUUUCUACACGGUGAACGCCAAGACGGUGGGCUCCCUCGAGCGCAUCAUGAACGACAUCUACAAGGUCACUCCCGCGCCCAUCAUUCUGGCGCAGGAGUUGCAGGCAAGCCAGGCCAAGUUGGACAUGUUCCUAGCGAACAUGACCAAGAGGGGCUGGCGCAUCGGGUACGCACCCAGUGCGAAGACAGAGGGCGGGUGGAGUGCAGGUGUGCUGAUCGCCACAACCAGUAGUCGUGGGCUGGACUACGCGAGGCGCGGCAUCAACACGUGGGACAUCUCACCCGCUGGCAGCAAGGGGCGCUUGGCGAUAGCAUGGCUGAGCGCCGUGAGAAAGCAGGGCGUGCUGUGCGGCUCCGUGUACUUGUGGCACAGCGAGGGCAUGACGCGCAGAAACGAGCUCAUCCUCCAGAAGUGGGCCAGCGUUGCGACGGCGACCCACCACGACUGGAUCCUGGGCGGCGACUUCAACAUGGAGCCCGCGGUGCUGCGGGCUUCGGGGCUGCUGGGGAAGAUGCAGGGAGUCAUCGUCCACGACCAGCAGAAGGGCACGUGCGAGAGGGGCGACGGCACCAGGUCCGUCUGCGACUACUUCGUCGUCUCCAAGAGCCUGAUCUUCGGGCCCAUGGAGGCGCGGGUGAAGGAGGGCGUCAACAGCAGCCCACACCUGCCGGUUGCGCUGACCGUGACCAAGCAGACCAACGAGGACCGCAAGAUCUUCGCGCUGCAGAAGCCUCAGCGAUGGCCGCUGGUGCUCCCGACUGGCUGCCCAGGGCCGCCAGUGGCGUGGCCGAGGCCGCUGGUGAGGCACGGGCGGCACGCGCAGUCUGUGAUGGACGCGCACUGGAGCGAGCUGGGCGUGGCCUACGAGCUGCACCUCAACCGCUACUUCAAUUACGACGGGGAGGACCUCAGCAGCAGGCAGGGGCACUUCAACGCUGCCAAGUACAGGUGGACCUUCAUCGAGGCGCAGGCGCUGAAGGAGGUCUCCAAGCAGCAGGCCUGGGCCGAGGGCGCCGAGUGGCUGGCGCACAAGCUGAGGCGUAUCCACAAGCUGGUCAGAUUGCGGUGGGCUGGUGGCAAGCGCGAGGUGAAGGACGAGGCCGUGCGAGUCUCGCAGUCCCUCCUGGGCCACAGCAUCAUCAUGCCGCUGAUGCAGGCGCAGGCAGAGCGGCAGGAGGAGGGCGAGGAGCAGCAGCUGGUGUCUGAGAGCGACGCGGAGGCGCAUGCUGAGGACGCCGGCACGUCACGGGUGGCGGCUGGAGCGGGGCGCCUGGGGCCGCCGGGGCCGCUGCCGGCGCCGCGGGAACAACGCCCGGGAGGGCGCCCAGGGCCGCCGCGCGCGGGCGGGAGUGUGUCCGCACUUGCAGUUUGCGGACACACUCCCGCGCAGGCCCCAGGGCCGCCGCCGGGGCCGCCCGAGGGCCAGCUACUGACGUGGGACACCCUGCGGUGGCCCGAGCUGGUCAACACCGUCGGCGGCCUCGACGUCGACGCGAUGGACGAGAAGGAGAUGCACUACAUCGACUGCAUCGCGACCCUGCUGGACAUCGCCAGCAGGCGCAGCUGGCGGGCGGCGCAGCGGGCCUCGGCGGCGAGCUGGAGGCAAUGGGUGCGCACCCAUGGGCAGAAGGGCGCAGGCGCCCUUCACAGAUGGACGAAGCUGCCAAUGCCGUGGCAGCCGCAAGCCACAGCAGCCACCACCUCCACGGAUGACCAUGAGCUGGUGCACCCUCAGGCGGCGGCGGACAGCGCCCUGGCGGGCUGGGAGGCGAUCUGGGGCGACGAGCUGGACGAGCAGGCGCCGUGGAUGCAGGCCCCCUCCGAGGUCGAGCUCGCGGAGUACCGCCCGCCGCCCAUCACCCCGCAGCAGGUGAUCGAGAGUUGCGGGCGUUUCCGCCCCAAGACGGGCCUCGGGGAGUCGGAGUGGCACCCGCGGCUCUGGCAACACGGCGGACACCAAGGAGCAGCGCGCGUGGCAAGCGUGCUCAACGCGGUGGAGGCGGGGGCCCCCUGGCCGACCGCCCAGGCCACCAUCCUCUUCUACCUCCUCGCCAAGCCGGCUGGGGGCUUUCGGAACCUCGGGCUGCUGCCUGAGCUCGCGCGGCUAUGGGAGACCAUCCGCAUGCCGUACGCCAGGCAGUGGGAGCAGGCGCAGCGGCGAGCCUAUGAUUGGGCUGCCAAAGGUCGCUCCAGCGAGAGGGCCGCGUGGGUGCAGGCGCUGUUCUGCGAGGCCACCGUGGCUCAGGACCUCGAGUACGCGGUCACGUACUUCGACUUGGUCAAGUGCUUCGUGUACGUGACGCACGCCAUGGUGUGGCAUGCGGGGCUCCACUGGGGCUUCAACCGCGUCGUGCUGAAGGUCGUCCUGAGGAUCUACGCGAUGGUGCGGAGGAUCGUACUGGACGGCAGCUACACCGUGGGCAGGCGGUGGGGCAGGGGCAUCGUGGCGGGCAGCCGCUUCUCCCCCUUCUGCCUCAAGCUGGUCAUCUUCAUGGAGCUGGACAAGGUGGUGGCAGCUUUCCCGUGGGCCGACACAUGCCUCUUCUUCGACGACCUGGCGGUGGCGACGAAGGGGCUCAGGGAGUUCGUGCGGUACUGGCAUCCGCACCUCGUGCAGGCGCUGAUCUACAUGUUCGAGGUUACCCUGGACAUGGUGGUCUCCAAGGGCGAGCAGGGGAAGACGGUCACGCUGGCCUCGACCACCCCGCUGCAGGACGAGCUCACCAAGCGCAUCCGCCCUUUGGGGGUGCGCAUGGCCAAGGAGGAGAAGCACCUGGGCGUCACCACGGCCGCGGGGCGACGUCGGCGGGUGGGCGCUUCCAGCAAGAGGGCGCUCAAGUUUGCAGCACGGCGGGACCGCAUCGCGCGCGUCAGGCGCGCAGGCGGGCCAGCCGCCAAGAUCGUGCGCCAGGCCAAGGUCCCUUCGCUCCUCUACGGCGUGCAGGUCAUGGGCAUGGCAGAUACCAAACUCGGCGAGCUGCGGCAGUCGGUCGCGACCUCGCUCCAGGGCAACACCAAAGGCAGAUCUACGUUCCUCGCCCUGCUGGCGGACGACGUGGACCCAGGCACCCUGGUCAACUCGGCGCCGAUUCUGGCCUGGGCGCAGGCGUGGCGGGAGACGUAUCGCCAGCCAGAGCUCAUCCCCGAGCUGCAGGCGGCAUGGCAGAAGUGGGCGCUGCGAGUGGGGCGCGCCAAGUCCCCCUGGCAGAUUGUACGAGGGCCCGCCGGGGCUUUCGUGGCGACGGUACGCAGGCUGGGCUGGAUGACGCAGGCGGCGCACUCCAUUACCAUCGGGGCGGAGGUGCUGGACUUUCGGGUCGCGCCGCUCCACGCCUUGCGGCACUACGUCAAGGGGGCCACCGAGCAGGGCCUCAAGGACGCCUGGCUGGAGAAGUGGGGCGAAAAGCUGGGCCUGCAGUCCGUGUUCGUGGAGCCCGUGCGGGCGCUCCUCAGGCGCCCCCUGCGCGGGCGCUGGACGCAGGCGCACCAGGCGCGCGUCCGCACCCUCUGGUGCGGGGGCACGUGGCCGCAGCUGCGCCUCUUCCAGAAGGGCGCGGCGGAGAACGACACCUGCCAGGCUUGCCAGGGCGCGCGAGGGACCGACCGGCAUCGGACUUUCGAGUGCCCCGCGCGCGAGGCCCACCGCCGCGAGGUGAAGGGGCACCACAUCGUGCAGCGGGGCGCCAACCCCUGGCCAGGCACGGAGCAGCUCUGGGGCCGCGGGUUGGCCAACGACCCCGCGGUGGAGUUCGGGCUGUGGGACUUGCCAUCGAUGGACACCCUCCUGGUCCACGGCGAGUUCGACGGCUUCGUCACGGGCGAUGUCUACACCGACGGCAGCCUGCUGUACGGCAGCUACGCGGCUCUGCGGCGAGGAGGCUGGGCGUUCGUGCAGCUGACGCCCGACAUGCAACUGCGGUUCGCUUGCUACGGGCCCCAGCCAGGGGUGGCCUGCCCGCCGCUCACCAUCUGGACCGACUGCCAGAGCAUUCUCGACGGCUUCGCGCGCGGCCCAGCCUGGGCCGAGAGGCCGAGCACGAUGCAUUCUGAGACGUGGAGCCGCUGCUGGGCCCUGAUCGCCGAGAAUGGUGGCAUCGGCCCGAGGGGGAUUCGGUUUCCGAAAGUGAAGGCGCACGCGACGCGGGCCCAGCGUCAAGUCAUGGGCCUCGCGCAGUUUGCUGGAAAUGAAUAUGCUGAUCAGUACGCCAAGCUAG